UUUUUUUUUUGAGAGUCUGGUUCUAAAAGUGAAUGAGUGAUAUGAUUCACUUCACUGAUCGAUGAGUGAAUCGUUCCUCCUCGCUCAAUUCUAAAUUUAGUAGAAAUCGUCUUCUGGAAUUGAAACUGAUAGUUUGGUGGAAUCGUUUCUACACUGUGGGAUUUGUUGUGCUCUGUUCUUCCUUCUCUUGUGUGUCUGUGCGUAGUUUUGAGUUGCCUUUGUCAUGUAUUCUCUGAUACUCCAUGGGAAAAAGUUGGGCGAGUUGCAGAAAUGGCGUAAUUUGAGAUUUGCAGUGAAGCUUGUGCAAAAUACAUCUUCUUUAUCCAAUUCCUUCUCCUCUGUUAGUGAUGCACAUUUGAGUCCUCGAGAUGGUCGUAAAGGUAAGAACUUUACAGUCUCUUACCUCGUUGAGUCAUUGGGUUUAAAUACGAAAAUAGCUGAAUCGAUUUCAAAGAAAGUCAGCUUCGAGGAAAAGGGUAAUCCUGAUUCGGUUCUGAGUCUUUUGAGGAGUCAUGGUUUUACAGAUUCUCAGAUCUCCACCAUCAUUACGGACUAUCCAAAAUUACUUAUAGCUGAUGCUGAGAAGUCCCUUGGUCCCAAGCUUCAGUUUUUGCUAUCCAGAGGAGCUUCAAGCUCUGAGCUCACUCAGAUUGUUUCUACUGUUCCUGAAAUCUUGGGGAAGAACGCUGGCAAAACUAUAAGCAGAUACUAUGAUUUCAUCAAAGAGGUUUUGGAAGCGGAUAAGAGUUCUAAGAAUGAAAAGUUAAGUCAAUCUUUGCCAGAAGGUAAUAGACAGGGGAAUAAAAUCAGAAAUGUUUUGGUUCUGAGAGAAUUGGGCGUGCCUCAGAAGUUGUUAUUCUCCUUGCUCAUCUCUGAUGCUCAACCUGUCUGUGGCAAAGAAAAUUUUGAAGAAUCACUCAAGAAGGUUGUUGAGAUGGGUUUUGAUCCAACCACCUCAAAGUUUGUCCAUGCUCUUAAGGUUGUUUACAGAUUCAGCGACAAAACAAUAGAGGAAAAGGUCAAUUGCUAUAAAAGGUUAGGCUUUUCUGUGGAAGAUGUUUGGGCGAUGUUCAAGAAGUGUCCUGACUUUCUGAAUAGUUCGGAGAAGAAGAUAGGUCAGAUAUUUGAAACCCUGAAGAAGUGCGGACUACUUGAAGACGAGGUCCUCUCAGUGAUGAAGAAGUUUCCGCAAUGCAUUGGUGCUUCAGAGCAGAAGAUAUUGAACUCCAUUGAAACAUUUCUAGGCCUAGGAUUCACCAGAGAUGAAUUUGCUAUGAUGGUCAAGGGCUUUCCUCAGUGUCUUAUUUUAUCUGCAGAGACGAUGAAGAAAAAGACUGAAUUUCUGGUGAAAAACAUGAAUUGGCCACUUAAGUCUGUGGCUUCAGUCCCUCAGGUACUUGGAUACAGCCUGGAGAAGAGGACUGUCCCGAGGUGUAAUGUAAUUAAAGCUCUGAUGUCAAAAGGAUUUCCCAGAAGUAAACUCCCUCCAGUAGCAUCUGUUUUGGUAUGUACCAAUGAGAUCUUCUUAAAGAGGUAUGUGAGGAACCAUGAUAACAAGGAGCUGAUGCCUGAGUUGAUGUCUAUUUUCACCGGAGAUUUUGUUUCAUAGAUUAAAAGGCUUGUCAAGGAUUUUGCUUUUAUUUUUGAGUAUCUGAAACCUUGAUUUUAAGACUUCAAAAGCAACUUCAAAUGUAAGUUUGAAUUGGUUGCCUAGAAACAACAAUGCAGCCAAGUAGUAGACAUGUGAAUGCAAUUUAUAAUUUUAAUUUUCUAAA